CCGUCGUGUUAAGUGCCUUUAACAAAUUCUACAUUGUGUUUUCUGAAUAUUAAAUCCUAUAAUGGCUCACCAAGCAAUAAUCGAAACAUUUACUUCUGAUGAAGAAAUCGACUACUGGGUUACAGGUGACGAUACUAUUGAGUUACGUGGCUACAUCGACCAGAUUGAAGGUACCAAAAAAGUUCCGGGUAGUAGAGGACUUAACCAAUCGAUGACGUCACUCUUCAAGGUCGUUGGGAACAAUGGUAGUCGUUACCGCGUCAGAGUGCUCUUUUGGGGCCAGAAAGCCACAGAGUUUUCAAGUACUCUUCGAGACAAAAGCAUUAUUACCAUCACUUGUGCAAGGACAUCGGAAGUCAAUCGAAGAUUUAGCAAUCCGACUGAACUUUUAGCGCCAUUAGAACUAUCGAUUACGAAUGCAAGUCAAGUAACAAUCAAAAAUAAAUUAUUUCAAGAGGAUGCUCCUAACACACCUCCAACUACGGUUACUUUGAUGGAUGCCCCGAACACGCUUGGACGUUUAAUUGUUUCGUAUGGAGCUACACAUGGGAGUGGGGUUAUAAUAAACAACAAGUAUAAAUUACGGAUGCAGGUAGUUGAUUACCGUACCCCAAUUACUUUAAAAAAAGGUGUUUACAUAAAGGUAUUGUGUGAAUCGGCAUUAGACAACAGUGGCACAUGUAUUUUGAAUGUUCGUGCCAGUGAAGAUGUUAGUCUAGAUGUAACUCACCCACCUUUAACAGACGCAGCUAUGUGUAAAUUGGGAAUAAUAACUGCUACAAAACGAAAAGCUGAAGAUGACGAGGAAAGUGUUUCAAAGAGAGCUCCGAUGGCUUAAUACGGAUGUUUGGAUGGAAUGACAUCAGUCAAAUACCAGUUCGUGCAAAAAAAAUUUUAAUUUUGUUCUUGGAUAUGAUUAUUUAUUGAGGUUGAUUUACCAUUACGCGUUUUACUUAAAAGUAGAUAUAUCUGUUACCUUUUUUAAAUCUCAAUGUUUUCUAUAUCUUUGAAUUAAUUAAUAUUACAGAAAAAACAGUUUGUAAGAUUUAACUCGAGAAGUUAUUUAAGUUUUAUUAUUUUUUUUUAUUUUCUAAGCGCAAGAAAUUGGAAAAUUUUUUUUUUUGUUUCAUUUUUUUAUUUUAAACACUUUAUUGCAAACUGGAUUGCUGCGUCAUUUAAUCAGAUAUUGAAUUUUUUUUUUUAAAGUUUGCAUAAUUUGAGUUCUUAAAAACUGUUAAAUAAUUAAUUAAUUCAAUUGAAAUUAUAGCAAACAAAGUUUGUGAGAUUAAACUAGAGAUGUAAUUCCAGUUUUAUAAAUUUUUUAUAUUAAGUUAACACGAGGGAUCUCAAAAUUUCAUUUUUUGUUUCAAUUUUUUAUUUUAAAUACUGCAAACCUAGUUACGGUGGCAUUUGAUAGAAUGUUUAAAAGUAUUUAUGCAUAUGUUAAAUAUUGCAUGUUUAAAUCUGCGUUUUUUAAGUUUUCACAAGUCAAGUGUUCAAAAACUGUUAAAAAAACUUAAUUCGUAGCAAUAAUAUUUAAAAAACCUAUCAAUAAUUAAAUUUAAAGACUGAUACAAUGUACAUGAAUAUAUAUAACAUAUUGUGAAAUAGUCAAUAAUUAUAUGUAAUAAAAGUGAUAUUGAAUUUGUUAACUCAUGAUAGCUGAUAGGUAGAAAACUGAUAUUAAGUGUAAGACAAAACUUAGAUUGUAGUACUUCAAACAGUAUUGGGUAUAAGUGUCAAGUAAAUUUCUGUUUGUGUUAUGAUAAUAUAAAUAUACUAAUUAACAUUGUGAUGAAUAAAUAAUUUCAUUGUUAAUAUCUGUUGUCUUUGAUUAUUUCUUUUCUGUAAUUACAUAUUAUA